CGCCUCCUGCGAGCGGGUGUCCGUGCGCCGGCCUCGCCGCGACCGCAGAAACCGCCGCCGGCCGCGCCGAGCCACACCACGCCGGAGCCCGAGAGGGAAGCCAGGCUGCGCGCGUCCAGCAGCGGCGUGGGGAGCACCCGGAGGCGGGGGCCGGCAGGCGGACAGCGGCUACGGGGCGGCCGGGGAGCAUGCCCGCGCAGCCCCGCUGAAUGGCGCCUUGUCUGCGACCCCUCGCCCGGCUGCGGCCGCCAGGGAUGCUGCUCCGCGCGCUCCAGCUCCUGCUGCUCCUCGGCUCAGGUCCAGGAGUGUGGUGCUUUAGCGAACUGUUUUUUAUAAAAGAACCACAGGAUGUAACUGUCACAAGAAAGGACCCAGUCAUUUUAGAUUGCCAGGCUCAUGGAGAGGUUCCUAUUAAGGUCACAUGGUUGAAAAAUGGAGCAAAAGUGUCUGAAAAUAAACGGAUCCAGGUUCUGUCUAAUGGCUCUUUAUACAUCAGUGAAGCGGAAGGCAAGCGAGGAGAGCAGUCUGAUGAAGGAUUUUAUCAGUGCUUGGCAAUGAACAAAUAUGGAGCCAUUCUUAGUCAAAAAGCGCAUCUUACCUUGUCAACUAUUUCUGCAUUUGAAGUUCAGCCAAUUUCUACUGAGGUCCAAGAAGGUGGAGUUGCUAGAUUUGCAUGCAAGAUUUCCUCAAACCCUCCUGCAGUCAUAACAUGGGAAUUAAAUCGGACAACUCUACCUGUAACUAUGGACAGGAUAACUGCCCUUCCGACAGGAGUAUUGCAGAUCUAUGAUGUUGGCCACAGGGAUGCUGGGAAUUAUCGUUGUGUUGCUGCUACUGUAGCCCACAGACGUAAAAGUAUGGAAGCCUCUCUAACGGUGAUUCCAGCUGAAGAGUCUAAUUCCUUCCACACACCAGCCAUCAUCGCAGGCCCACAGAACAUAACAGCGUCUCUUCAUCAGACAGCGGUUUUCGAAUGCGUGGCCACGGGAAAUCCCAAACCACUCGUGUCUUGGAGCCGCCUGGAUCACAAGUCCAUUGAUGUCUUUAACACUCGGGUACUGGGAAAUGGUAAUCUCAUGAUAUCUGAUGUCAAGCUGCAACACGCCGGAGUGUAUGUUUGUCGGGCGACAACCCCGGGCACGCGCAACUUUACAGUUGCCAUGGCAACCUUAACUGUCUUAGCUCCUCCUUCAUUUGUUGAAUGGCCAGAAAGUUUAACAAGGCCUCGAGCUGGUACUGCUCGAUUUGUGUGUCAAGCAGAAGGAAUCCCCUCACCCAAAAUGUCAUGGUUGAAAAAUGGGAGGAAGAUACAUUCAAAUGGGAGAAUUAAAAUGUACAACAGUAAAUUGGUAAUUAACCAGAUUAUUCCUGAAGAUGAUGGUAUUUAUCAGUGCAUGGCUGAGAACAGCCAAGGAUCUAUUUUAUCUAGAGCCAGACUGACCGUAGUAAUGUCAGAAGACAGACCCAGUGCUCCCUACAACGUGCAUGCUGAAACCAUGUCAAGUUCAGCAAUCCUUUUAGCUUGGGAGAGGCCACUUUAUAAUUCAGACAAAGUCAUUGCUUAUUCUGUGCACUAUAUGAAAGCAGAAGGUUUAAAUAAUGAAGAGUAUCAAGUUGUCAUCGGAAAUGACACAACUCAUUAUAUUAUUGAUGACUUAGAACCUGCUAGCAAUUAUACUUUCUACAUUGUGGCAUAUAUGCCAAUGGGAGCCAGCCAGAUGUCUGACCAUGUGACACAGAAUACUUUAGAGGAUGUUCCCUUGAGACCUCCUGAAAUUAGUUUGACCAGUCGAAGUCCCACCGAUAUCCUCAUCUCCUGGCUGCCGAUCCCAGCCAAAUACCGGCGGGGCCAGGUGGUCCUCUAUCGCCUGUCCUUCCGCCUGAGUACUGAGACUUCCAUCCAAGUUCUGGAGCUCCCGGGAACCACACACGAGUACCUUCUGGAGGGCCUGAAACCAGACAGUGUCUACCUGGUGCGGAUUACUGCUGCCACCAGAGUGGGGCUAGGAGAGUCAUCGGUGUGGACCUCACAUAGGACACCCAAAGCUACAAGUGUGAAAGCCCCUAAGUCUCCAGAGUUACAUUUGGAGCCUCUGAACUGUACCACCAUUUCUGUGAAGUGGCAGCAAGAUGCUGAGGACACAGCAACCAUUCAGGGCUACAAGCUGUACUACAAAGAAGAAGGGCAGCAGGAACAUGGACCCAUUUUCUUAGAUACCGGUGACCUUCUCUACACUCUCAGUGGUUUAGACCCCAGAAGAAAGUAUCACGUGAGGCUGCUGGCUUACAACAACGUAGAAGAUGGCUAUCAGGCGGAUCAGACCGUCAGCACUCCGGGAUGCGUGUCUGUCCGUGAUCGCAUGGUUCCUCCACCACCACCACCCCACCAUCUCUAUGCGAAGGCUAACUCUUCAUCUUCCAUCUUCCUGCACUGGAGGAGGCCUGCGUUCACCACUGCACAAAUAAUUAACUACACCAUCCGCUGUAACCCUGUUGGCCUGCAGAAUGCUUCUUUGGUCCUGUACCUUCAAACAUCAGAAACUCACAUGUUGGUUCAAGGUCUAGAACCAAACACCAAAUAUGAAUUUGCUGUACGACUGCAUGUGGAUCAGCUUUCUAGCCCCUGGAGCCCCGUUGUCUACCAUUCGACCCUUCCAGAAGCACCUGCAGGCCCACCGAUUGGAGUAAAGGUGACAUUGAUAGAAGAUGACACUGCUCUGGUUUCUUGGAAACCUCCUGAUGGUCCAGAGACCGUGGUGACGCGCUAUACCAUCUUGUACGCGUCCAGGAAGGCCUGGAUUGCAGGAGAGUGGCAGGUCCUACACCGAGAAGGGGCAAUCACCAUGGCUUUGUUAGAAAACCUGGUGGCAGGAAAUGUGUACAUUGUCAAGAUAUCUGCAUCCAAUGAGGUGGGAGAAGGGCCCUUUUCAAACUCGGUGGAGCUGGCAGUCCUUCCGAAGGAAACCCCUGAUUCUAAUCAGAGGCCCAAGCGUUUGGAUUCUGCCGAUGCCAAAGUUUAUUCAGGCUAUUACCAUCUGGACCAAAAAUCAAUGACUGGCAUUGCUGUAGGCGUUGGUAUAGCCUUGACCUGCAUCCUCAUCUGUGUUCUCAUCUUGAUAUACCGAAGUAAAGCCAGGAAAUCAUCUGCUUCCAAGACGGCACAGAAUGGAACUCCACAGUUACCUCGCACUAGUACCUCCCUAGCCGGUGGGAGUGAAGCCGGAAAGAACCUGGGAGGAGCUGGAGAAAAUGAAGAAUCCUUAAUGCCAAUGAUAAUGCCAAACAGCUUCAUCGAUGCAAAGGGAGGAACUGACCUGAUAAUUAAUAGCUAUGGCCCUAUAAUUAAAAACAACUCUAAGAAAAAAUGGCUUUUUUUCCAAGAUUCUAAGAAGAUAAAAGUUGAGCAGCCUCAAAGAAGAUUUGCUCAAGCGGUGUGCUUUUACCAGCCAGGCACUACUGUGUUGAUCAGUGAUGAAGACUCUCCCAGCUCCCCGGGUCAGAGAGCCAGCUUCCCAAGACCCUUUGGUGGUGUUGCAGCUGAUACUGAGCACUCAGCCAAUAGUGAAGGCAGCCACGAGACGGGGGAUUCUGGAAGGUUCUCCCAUGAGUCCAAUGACGAGAUACACCUGUCCUCAGUCAUAAGCACCACACCCCCAACUUCCAGUUCCUUCACUGGCAGUGAGUCAGGUGGGGAUCCCUCCUUGAGGAAGCGUGAGGACCCAGCAGUGCCGCUGGAUGCCGAGCAAACUUCCUCCUCGGUUUUGCAGCUGCCGUCCGCCAUGCUGCUCUUUGAUAAAAACGAUUUUCCAAUCUAGAGAACCAUGUUCAGGUAUUGCCACCUUUAAGUCUGUUCGAAGGACAAUGAACAGGGAGCCAAAGCCUUUUGUGAAAAUCUUGGUGUCUUAUUGGGUAGUUCAGCAUUUUUUUUUUUUUUUUUGGAAUGUAUUUUGUUUUUUUAUGUUUAAACUCAUGUAUUUUGAAUGUGUCAUUGUCAGCAAUGUGAAGAGACAGUCAAGAUAUUUGACUGGAUUAUAAAAUAUAUCACUGGAGCAAAGGGAAGACUUUGGAAAGCCCCUUUGCUGACUAUCUACCUCAGUUUGCCAGGUGGCGAACUCAGAAGAGACAACUUUGUUACCUCAUUUAUUGUGGUAGUUUAUCUCCGCUCCAUAACCAAUGAUACUUCCUAGUAGCAUUUUGUUUUCAUUGCUGUAUGUGUAGUGCGUGUGAUCAAGGGAGUCAUAUAGGUAUAUGAGUAAGAAUGUUUAUCUGAAGCUCUGAUUUUUUUUUUUAAAGAAAAUUCUGACAUCUGCAUGGUUUGGAAAAUGUCAUACCUCCACUGUGAGGACUGUCGAACCACUGAGAAGAGAAAAAGUGGGACUGUUGAUUUUAACGAAUGACCAAAACAAAACAAAAAAAGUGUCUCUCUUUUGAGAACAGAACUAUUCAGUAGCAUAUGGGAAAUUCUGUGACUUCAAGGGCCUUUCUGAUUUGGGCAUUAGCGUCCGAGUGCUUUACCUGCUGUACCCUAAACCUCAGCUGCCUAGAGCCGUGCCUUUUCUACCUUCCCCUUUGCCUGAUGGUCGGCCAAAGGCUGCACUGUCUAGUUUGCAAAGCAUCCUCACCGUUUCCAGAGUUAGUUGCAAAACUCCAUGCAGAAAACAGAUUUUUAAAGAGAAUCGAUUAGAGUUUUUGUUUUUUAAUCCCACCUUGACUUAAAAAGGGUAAAGAAAUUUCAUAAAAUAUUAAGAAUAAAGAUAAAUGCAACAGUAGACCAUAAAAUGAACUAGAGGUUAUCAUGGUAACAGUGCCUUCCAUUAUAUAUUAUGAAAUUCUUUGCCUUAUACCUUUUUAAUAUUCAUGAAGUUGUUCAGGACAAGAGUACAGAAAGUUGCCUUAAGAGUUUCUUGGAUUUUAUCAAUAACUAUUUUGAUGUAUAGUAUCUUAUCAAAGCAUUUUAGUUUGUCUUCAUGCAGGUUUGGUUUAGGGAUAAGUAUUCAGAGCUCUACCACCUUGCUUGUAUUUUCUUGAAUUCUUAAGAGAAUUUGGUACUCUAUUUAUAAUCUUCUUUCCGUGUCAAUGCUGUGAAUGAGGAAUGCUAACUCCAGGAGUGAGUUAAUCCUCUUGCUGGUUUGAAAUCAGCAAACUGUUUACUCAGCCACAUAGAAUAGGCCUUCUUUCAGUCAUGAGACAGUUACCUACUAGGUACCCAGCAGUGUAAGAGGAAAAAGAAUUAAACACAUGGUGUAGAGAGGGGACCCCAUUUUUUUUGGUAAGUAUUUCUUCACAUUAUCUGGAAAUGACUUCUGAGCCUCAUUUUUUAAAAGGAAUCUUAAUGGAUUUCCCCUUGAAACCUUUGGUUUAUGGGGUGGGGGUGGGGAAAUGAUGCUAAAUGGUGUUCUAAAAUCAAAAGAAUAUUACUGGGUGUAACAGUCCCACCUCCAUCAUCUCCUAUCCCAGUGUCUGAUGAUGCAUCUCUUAUUGUUUCUUAAUCUGCAGUUUUGUGCCAAACUGGAUGUGUUCAGAAGCAGACCAACAUUAAGUGCCAGCAACCACUGGUGAAUAAAGUCAAAGUCCCCAUUUAGUUAUCUAAGUAGGGGCUUCAUGGCAAAACAAAAAAAGCAGAGCUUUAGGUGAACAAUCUGAGGCAAGGAAAAAUGCUCCUCGUGCCUUUAUAGCUCCUGUUUAUACUACCUCCUUUUAAAGUUAUUCUAGUGUUAUUUUUUUCCUGUACUCAGGGAACAUUUUGUUACUUUUAAGCUGCCUCAUGCAAGCAUGGGCAGAUUGACAGGGUAUGGUGUCUUUUGGUUCGUAAGUAGUUUUGUGGGGCCAACUUUUAUCAGCAUCCAAAAUUAAGGAAUAUAAGGAGUUUGCUUUAUUUUUUAAACUUUCAUUAAAAGGCAGAUAAAAUCUAAAGUUGAAACAUCAUCCAUCAUGGUUAUGGAAGAUGUGUCCAGGGCUGCAUGAAUUUGAAUCAUUUUAAAAGUCUAAAAAGAUGAUCUGACAGUCCUUGAGGAAAGUAUUUUUGUUUGUUUUUUGGUUUUUUUUUUGAUGAAUAGGCCCAUAGUUAUGGUAGAUCUUUAGGCUAUAACUGUUUGCUAAUUAUUUACCAGUACAUUUUUACUUUUUCACCUUUUCAUUGUGUUCUUAUACAGAUUUUUUCAUAAUAAUUCUGUUACCAAAGAAUUUUCAGUAGAAAGUAAAAAUUUGACUAUAAUUUCCCCCCAAAAUUGAAUUAACUAGAAACAUCUAUAGGUAUGAAGCUUAUAUAAGUAGUUACUAACCCAAAAUAAUAGGGUUUAUAUUGAUUGUUGUAGUUAAAUAGACUAGUAAUUUCAACCUACCUUAUUGUUACCAGAGCAUUUAAAAUAAGUUCUUUACCAGCAUAUAGUUCCAAAGAAUUUCAAGUGUAAUUUUUUUUUUCUUCAGCAAGUAAAUCUUCAUAGACAGUAUUAGAGUAAAGUAUUUUUAAAUUGUUGAAACUACUUGUUGGAGAGAAAAAAAAUCUUUUCACCAAAGAUAAAUAUUUUGGUCUCAUUGAAUAAGAUGUUUAGUAUACACCAAAGACUUCUUUUUACUUGGCCAAAGCUAGCUUCUUUGAAGUCUUAAGUAUAAAACUGUAACUAAAAUGUGAAGGUUCUCAUUCGUCUCUCAUAGUGGUGUUACUUCAUGGCAUUUCAUUCCAACGGGGUUAAUAUGCAAAUGGUAACUAUUUUCUUUUCCAAAGACUUAUUUGCUGUAAGUACUGAUACACGCAUGCCAUCUUUAUGCCAAAUAUUACAAGAUACUGCUCAUCAGUAUUUUCAUACCAAAGACCAUUAAAGUAUAUAGAUUAGCCUGUAAGUAAGUAAAGAUGAGCAGAUUUGAGAUAAAUUUAUUUAGAGGCUGAUAGGAAUCUAGCUUUAGUAGCAAAAGAUAUCAAAGGGCUAAGUUUACAUAAUUAAAAGCAAUACAAUUAUGUUGGUAUUUAUCAGUGUUUUUAUUCAAGUACUUUUUAUCAGCAAAUUAUAAAAAACCAAAGAUAUUUAAGGUUACCUCCGCAUAUAGACAAAUUUAGUUGUACAUUAAACUGUUGUUUCUUGUUUUUAUGUCAAACAAACUUGUCUCUCCAGAACCCAGUCUGUAUCCAGAUAGCAUACAUAGGGACUUUCCAUCAAAUCUGCUGAUUCAGCCACAGGAUGUUUUUGCCAAAUGAUGUGAUUACUCUCCUAAGCACCUUGAGUGUGAGAUGUCAACAGAAAUCUCAGCAAGUUUUCCAUUCCAGAGCAUAUGGCAAACCCUGAAUUAGCCUGUGCAGUCUUCUUCCUGCUUAAAGCAUUACCUGGUUGACUCAGAAGACUUGAGGCAGUCCCAAAAUAAUAGGGACAUUCUCAUCUCUGGGGAGCAGUGGCAUAUAGUGGGCAAACAAAUCAUAUCACUGUUUAAGGGGGCUAUCCUUCGAUUGAUGUGCUCUUUAAAGUUGUCCAUAAGUCGAAAUAUUUUAAUUUCAUCAAGGGACCCUAGUGUUUCAAACUUUAGGGGGAACCUUGGGUGAAACCAUAAUCUUUUUAAUGAAAUCUGGGGUUUUAUAUUUUGAUUAGCCUAAAAGGAAAGACACAGCUUUAUCCACUAAGUAGCUUUUAAAAAAUCGGCUUUAGCACACCAGGGAAAUUCGAUCCUCGGUGAAAUGCCUUUUAUUUGCCUUUGCUUCAGAUAAGAGCACUGCCAACAUUGGGGACAAUGACAGUGAUUUGCAUUAGUUUGUCUUGACUUUGUUAAGGACUUCUGCCAGAAACUUGCUCAUGUUGACUACUCAGGAUCACUGGUCAAGUCCAUAUGGAGACAACUUUGAAGAGUGUCCCGAAAAGAUGAAAUUGAAAGUAUCUUUUUAUUUUAAUUCAAGAAUAUCCAGAUGUGGUUCCAUUUCACUGGUGGUGUAGUGAUUCACAUAUGUUUCUGUUUCAUUGAAUGUAAAUUUUUAAUACUGAAUGUAAAAAAAAAAGUUUCAACUAUAUGGAAAGAGUCAUGAUCUUUCUAAGACUAAACAUGUAUUUUGUAAACUCUGUUCUUGACAAGUUGCCACAUGGAUGUCUGGUAAAAUUGCUUCGGUUUAAUAGAAUAAUUUGUGGGCUGUGAGCAGAGUAGAGGGUUCUGGAGAUUUCCAUAUACAACCAGUUGUCUACUUGUGACUUUUAUUGGUGUUUAGAAGAACAUAUACAUAGAAUUCUGUGUUAAGUUGAUUUAUGCUCAGGACAUAAGAUCACAGGCUAAUGCAAUGUGUAUGUCUGCAGGCUUUAAUCUUCUCAGGCAGUUUCCCUUUUUAAGCCUUUGAAAGUGUUUAGGAUUAUGACAGUCUUGCAUUUUUAUCAGACAGAUGCUGUAUUUUCUUAAUGCUGCUGUAACAAAUUAUCACAAACUUGAUGGCCUUAAAACAACACAGAUUUAUUACCUUCCACUUCUGUAGGUCACAAGUCUGAUACAGGUCUCACUGGGGUAAAAUCAACGUCUGUUUCCUUGGGGUUUUUUUUUCUGGCUUUUAGAGGCUGUGGACUCUUCCCUCCAUCUUCACUCUGACCCUGCUUCCAUCAUUGUAUCUCUUUUUCUGACCCUAAUCAGGAAAGGUUCUCCAGUUUUAAGGACACAUGUGAUUAAAGUGGGUCCACCUGGAUAAUCCAGGAUAAUCUCCCCAUCUCAGAAUCCUUAACUUAAUCACAUCUGCAAAGUCCCUUUGCCACGUAUGGUAACAUAUAUAGAGUCCAAGGAUUUGAGCAUGCACUUUUGUGUAGGGCCAUUAUUUUGCCAACCGUAGAUACAUUAUUACUGUAGAACUGUAUAAUUCUGAUCCCUACAAAAUGUCUGUUGCAUUACAGAGAUUGGAAGUCUGAAGUCAUGUGCCCCUUAGGGAUCUUCAAAAUCUCAAAGCUAUGAAAACCUUGGCUUGUAGUUUAUCAAGUGUACACAUUAAACUUCCUUUCUAGAUCACUUGCAAAAACAAUUCAGCUUUAAACUUUUUGAAUAUUUGCUUUAUAAAUUAACGUCUCAGUUCUAUGCAUUUAACAGAAAGUUUCCUUGGCUCUAAUUUAUGGAAGUUCCUCAGAAAUUUUUGAUAACUGUUCUUAUUAUAGUUGAACUUUCUGCCUUUCUCUUAAGUAAUUAUGUUGCUGGGGAGGGUUAGGGGGAAAAAAACCUCAAACAUAGGGACUCAGUAGGUGAACAGAAUCAUGCUCAUACCCAUUCUUCGUCUUCUAACAGGAUAUUUGCAACAUGCCACCUUUCUACUAAAUCAGGUUUAUUUCUUCAGCUGUUUUAUUUUCAGUGUGGUAACCGCUCGAUUUCCCAUCAACCUCAGCAGGAGCCUCCACUCACCUCAUCAGAAUGUGCACAUCCUAAGCAGUGUUAUCUUCCUUGUCAUGCUCUUUCUUUGAUUUCAGUUGUCCCUCUUCCUGGAAAGUUUAGAUUCCACAGCUCAGGUUCGUUCUAAUUCCUGGAUGGUUCAAGUCAAUCCUUCUUUCAGUUUUGAAGGAUAGUGUCUAGUUCUAACCCUAAUUUUCAGUACGUCUUAACUAAGGAGAUAAAGCUAUCUCCAUUAUGGGGUAGAGACCAUGGUGAUAUUCUGAGUCGGGAUAAUGUACUGGUCAUUUUUCAGCUGCUUUUGACCCCAGUCUCUAGGAAGAGAUAAUGCGAUUUACUGAGCAUAUGCAGUGUGCCAAACACAUGCUUCAUUCCUGCAAACUACUACAUUCUGCAAAGCAAAUAUUGCCCCCAUUUUAGAGAUCAGGAAACCGAGGUUUAAAAUGUCUAACUUGGCCAAAGAUCACAGCUGGUUAAGUGGCUUAGCCAAGAUACAAACCCAAGUUGGUUUAAUUCCAAAGUUGAUAGGAUUUUUACUAGGAUACAUUUUCUCAGCUAAGAAAUUAUAUUUAAUUACUCUGGCUCGUGGUGCCUUCUGCUGUGUCAACACAACCUGUCCACAUAGUAAUAGCCGAUCAACAGAAGUCUUAGUUGUGUCCAUUUAUUCACAGGAGGAAUUUAGGAGGCUGAGCUGUAACUCACCUCUUGUAAUCUCCUAACCUCCUCCUUUUCUCUGUUAAAACCUUCAAUUUCUCUUAGCCAAUAUUGCCUGAAAACUGGUGCUUGUGCCUAGGGUUACAUUAGAAAUAAGGUAGUUUUGGUUUCCGGAGUCGUUCAGGCAUUUGCCUAAUAGAUUAGGUGUUCAGAAUUGGAUUUUAUCUUAUGUGAUUUUUCUAUAGUCCCCAUAUCCAAAUAGGAAUUUAUUAACUGGGAAAAGCCAAGUGUGUAACCAGUCAUCCUUCCUUGCUAGAUCUGGAGUCAAUAGUUUUUACAUGAAUUACUACCUAACUAAUUCUUCACACUAAUUUAGGAGGGAGCAAAGUUGAGGGAGAGUCGUAUAAUAGAACCAAGUAUAAGUUUAGUUAUUGGAGCACCUAAAUUCUAGUCAUUUACCAUUUUGAGAAUUGUGUGGUAGGAAAGUUCUUAACCUAUUUCUGUUCCUUCUCUAACCAUGAAAUGAGGGGAUUUCUUGUGCAGAAUGAAGCAAUAGUACUAUGAAAACUUAAAAGGAAAACAAAGUGUAAAUAAUUAUAAUCUGCAAGUCAUUUCUAUGAGGCUGUGAAACAUUUCUUAACGGAUUUUUUUUUCUUUACAGGUCAGCCUUUUCAAUUACGUUUUGCCUGUGCUAAAAUGAAAAAUGUUUGCAUUUCCUGUAUGUGCACCAAAAACUAACAGAAGAAAGUGGUUGUUAAAAGAUAAAGACUAGUAUUUAAACGCUAAUCUGUAAGGUAGGAAAAUCUACAAAAGGAUAUGGGAAUUUGCCUCAAUUUAAAUCUUUCAUUUUUUUAAAGAUAAUAUUGUUCUACAUUUUACUAUGGUGCUAUUUACAUGAGUGUAUACAAUUACCAAAUUUUCUCAAAUUUACCCUUUAAACUGAUAUAUUUUGUAAUUUAAACUAUAUAUCAAGAAAGCUGGAAAAAAGUAUUAAGUGUUAUCCUACAUGAUUUUUCAUAGUAAAAAUAAAUUUCAUCACAGAGAUUAUCAAGAUUUGUUUAAAUGUGCCCCAUACCCUCACAGCUACUAAACUUUAAGAUCUUUCAAGACUUGCCCAAAAUGAAAUUUCUUAUGAAAAGCAUUCUAUAAAUAGCUAACUAGGGUAACUUGGAUAGCCUUUCUAAUUAUGCAACAUCUUGCUUUUUUAAAUAUCAGUUUAAUACGACUUUUAAAAAUGUAUAUUUACAUUUUAUAUUUAUAUUUGUGUCUAAUGCCUAUCUAUUCCUUUUGGUUUUUAAAGUCCAUGAGAACAGGAGUCAUGAAUUUUUAAUUUUAACUUUAGAUGCCUAACAUCUUUCCUGGAAUCUUGGUUAUUCAAACAAUAGUCAAAACUCAAACCUAAAGCAAGGACCUCCAGUCUUCUCCUUCCUUAUAGUUUCCAUUUAUGGUGGAGGCUUUUUUGGUUAAAAGUUAGACAAUAUAAUAGGGAACUUACUUCAAGACUGCUACACUGAAGGUAGAAUACUAUGAGAUAAGAUGUCAAUAAGGAUCCUACAGCUUCCAAAUCUUGACUGCAGAGGAGUCACCAUAGAAACAAAUCUGGUGUUGAC